AUGCCCGCGCAGAAGCGCCCGCACCCGUCGCCCGACGCGGACGACGGGCACGUCCGGGAGGAGGAGGCUGCCGCUGCCGCCGGGGCCGCCGGCUCCGACACGGAGGGCGGCGGCGGCGUCCAGAGGGCCGCCAACGGGGGCUCCGCGGAGCUGGCCAAGGACGGUGGCGGCGGCUCUGCAGAUUCCGAUGCGGGGGAGGACGACGAGGAGGAGGAGCAGCAGCGGAAGCAGCAGCAGCAGCAGGACGAGCACGAGGAAGGCGGCGGCAGCGGCGGGGACGACGAGGACAGCGACGACAGCCCGUCGUCGGAGAGCGACGCCGCCGACGUGGACGAGUUUAUACUAGUGAAAUUGAUGGAUAUACGGAAGGAAGUGCAGUGCCCUAUAUGCUUAGGCAUUAUCCGGAAAACAAGAACGGUUAUGGAGUGUUUGCACCGGUUUUGUAGGGACUGCAUUGAUAAAUCCAUGCGGCUUGGAAAUAAUGAAUGCCCAGCAUGCCGCACUCACUGCAAGAGCAGACGUUCCUUGAGGGAUGAUCCUAAUUUUGACGCUUUAAUUCUAGCUUUAUAUCCAGACAUUGACAAGUACGAAGAAGAGGAACUUGCUUUUGGUGAAGAAGAGAAGACUCGCAACAAAAAGAUUCAAGAUUCCAUUGCUGAAACAUUUCGAAGGCAAACAGAAGCACUUGUGAAGAAGCGCUCCAAUGCAAAAGCAAUAGCUUCUACAAGAAAGACCCGUGGGAGUAUGCGGACAAAGAAGAGAGGACGGACUAGUUCUCCUGAUAAUGCCCCAACUGACAUUGAUGACGACGAGAGAGAAGAAAAUGGUAAUGAUGGCAGCAAAGAGUCGUCUUCUGUUGAUGAUCGUUCACCAGAUGUCAAGAUGAAAAGAGCUCGGAGGUGGCCUGUGCCACGAUCAUCCCCUGCUAAGACUAUGGGCAGUGUUGAUAGCAGCUACGAGGAGAAUGAUGAUUUGGGAGGUGCCAGAGAUAUCUUGGCCACUUCUCCUCUGCGGGGAGAGAUGCUUGCCUGGGGCAAAAAUGGCACCCGCAGCCAGACUCGACAUGGCAGUGCCGGUGGCUCCAGUGGAAGGAUGGUCAAGGGCGGGCGUGUUGCCAAGUUGGUGGAUCACCUCCGUAAUGCUGAUGAAUUUGAUACCAAGUUCAACUUGUACCUCGCUCUAACUCCGGUUGAUGGACAAAGCAUGCCUAAACUGGAAAAGUCCUAUCUCAGCUGCCAGCCAACAUUCUCUGUUAGCCACCUAUGCCAGUUCGUUGCUCUUCAGCUGUCACGGCAAGCCCAGGAGGUGGAGAUAUACUUCAGGAAGAAGGCCGGCAACGGGUCCCUUAAAACCGAAGAAAACAGCGCAGGCGACGAGGCGAAACCGGAGCGGCUCCACGGCCUGGAAAGGCUCAAGGAAGAGAAUUCGCUUUCAGAGCUGUACCCUAUGCUCGCCUCUGGUGUUGGAGACCUGGAGCUGCUGUACUCCGUGAAAGCGCAAGCCUAG